AUGGCGUAUGAUCGAUACGUAGCCAUCUGCCAUCCUCUACGUUAUUCUUCUCUCAUGAACUCUAGGACCUGUAUCUAUCUGGCUUUGUUCUCAUGGUUCUGUGGUCUUCUAAUUUCAACAAACGAUUUGUCAUUGUUGGUCCAAUACUCCUUCUGCAAGUCUAACAUCAUUAAUCAUUUAUUUUGUGACCUAAAAUCACUGGUAAAGCUUUCCUGCAGUGGGACUCAAAGUGUAGAGACAGCUAUACAAGUGUCUGGGGCUCUGUUUGGAUUUACACCUCUAAUAUUUAUUACCAUUUCCUAUAUUUUCAUUAUCUCUUCUAUCUUACGUAUUCGCUCUAAUAAAGGGAAACGCAAAGCCUUCUCCACUUGCUCCUCACACAUUACAGUGAUCAUUCUGUUUUUUGGAAUUAUCCUUGGGAUGUAUAUGAGACCAAAGAAAGCCUAUUCCAUAGAACAGGACAAAGUCUUUUCAGUACUGUACAUUUUUUGCAUCCCCAUGUUGAAUCCAGUGAUAUACAGUCUGAGAAAUGAUGACGUGAAACAGGCUUUACGAAGACUGAGAAAAAAGCUCCAUAGAUAA